AUGGGCAGCGGCAGGAGGCGUCGAGCUGGGGAGGAUGGGAAGGCUCGGAAGAAGAGCAAGAAGCACAGCUCCUCUUCUCCGGGGGCCCCGUCAAAGGCUCCUGGGGCAGACAAGACAGCCGGAGAAACUGCUGCUACUAAGCUCUCCAAAAAUGAGGGUAGCCAGCCCGGCAAACCACCGACGCAGCAGCAGCAGCGGCGCUCCUCGCUCUCCUCCCGUAGCUCCGGGAGUCGAUCCCGAUCCCGAUCGCGAUCACGAUCCCAGACGCCAGCACCCCAGGAAAAAUCCAGCGAAAGCGACAACUUUUGGGCCAAGCAGGCCUCUGCCUGGGUCUCCAACAAGACCUCCGAGCAGGGCCCCACAGCUCUCAUGGCCCUGAUAGCGACGCAGGCAGCGGUUCAGAUGGCUUCCCAGGCAGAGGGCAGCAACCAGGGGGGCCUCCCUGGCUCCAGGGGUUCUAGAGGAGGCGCUGCUGGGGCCCCCCCGCCCCCUCCCCCCCCUUUCGGGCUG